AUGGACCGCACCACCUGGCUCGAUGGCCUCCGGGGCAUCGCAGCGGCCAUCGUCGCGACGGAUCACUAUUUCAUGGGUAGCGUUUUAGACCAUGCCUUCCUCUCGUUCUGGACCGAUCCGCCCGAGGAAAAUCGGCGGCUCAUCCAACUACCUCCUAUUCGCCUCCUUUUCGCGGCCCACGCGAUGGUCCCGAUGUUCCUGGUGAUCUCGGGCUACGCGAUCUCUAUCAACCUUCUACGACUUCGAAAUAGCAACGACAGCAAUUUUGUACGUCGUCUUUCUUCCGCCGUCAGCCGACGAAUUUUCCGCAUCUAUCUGCCGGUCUUUGUCAUCGCGGUCAUAUCCCAGCUUCUGUUCUUUUGUAAUCUCUACCAAUGGAACUUUGGUGAUGAAAUCGUCAGGGGCAGGAAACCUUGGACUGCGCCAUGGCUGCACAUCACCUACGUCUUUCGUUAUAUGAUCGACAUCAUGAACAUCAUCAAUCUUCAAGGGAACUCUGGCUUGAGCAGCCAGCUCUGGACGAUGCCUGUGGAAUUCCGAGGAUCUUGUAUCGUCUAUGUCACAGUCUUGGGACUAGCAUUCUGGAGGCCGCAGCUCCGACGCAUUGCGCUGGCAUGCCUAACCACCUACUGGUUCUAUUUUGGGCUAUGGGAAGUCUUUGCCUUCUUGGCCGGUCUAUACCUAGCUGAGAUGCGGUUAUUGUCAGGAGCAAGUUCGUCAGAUGAGGAACCAAAAUUGCCCUUCCAUUCCCUAACAGAUUGGACGUCACAUUUCAAGUCCGUCAAUUUUUCGACAAUCUGGAAAUAUUCUUGCUUCAUUUUCGGGAUUUACCUGGUUUGUCUUAGUGACGGUGGUGAAUUACCACCUGACUACCGAUUCCUCAAAUUCGUCGAAUCUUCGCGCUGGGAGAACGACUGGUGGGUUGUGAGCAGAUGCUGGAAGACGGCAGGUUCCGUUCUUGUGGUUUAUGCCAUCAGCCAAUUACCCCGUCUCCAGCGUCCGCUAAAUUCAUGGCCGAUGCAGUAUCUGGGGAAGAUCUCAUUCUCGCUCUACCUUGUGCAUCAAACUGUCUACCAUCUUGUGCGUGACCCUGUGAGAAACUUCCUGUGGUUUAUUGCCACCAGAGAGCCUUAUUCCGAGAACUCCAGGCAGUAUACAGUGCCGUUUGCAUUUUCAUGGUUGGCGGGAUACGUAAUCAUGUCUGCAAUCAACCUGUAUGUGGCACACUUGUACACGAAGUAUGUCGACGAGCGCUGCGUGCAGAUUGCACAAAGGAUCGAUAGGUGGUUUACUCGGCAAUAA